AUGAUGAGAAUGGUUCUAUCAAGGAGGCUACAAGGUUACUCCAAGAUGGACAAGGAAGACUCAGAAGAGAGAAAGCAUAGACAAGCACAAUUCUUGAUAUACAAAGCAUUGGAAAAAGUUGAUUCUCAAAGAAAGCCAUCAUUCUUGAGGAUCAAAAUAUUUAAGCUGAAGAUUAAAUUAGGGAACAGUUGUAGGAAGAUCAAGAAGAGGUUUUUGCUCAAGUGUAAUAGGAGUUGGAGUUUGUUUUAUUGA